AUGGCAUAAUCACGGCUGCUGUUGAGAUGAGCCGACUGUGCACGGAAGCAUUGGGGAGAGAUGGAGAAGAUGAAGAUCGGCAGGAGGUUCCAAGGCAAGGUCGCCAUCGUCACCGCUUCGACUCAGGGCAUCGGCUUCGGCAUCGCCGAGCGCCUCGGCCUCGAAGGCGCCUCCGUCGUCAUCUCCUCCCGCAAGCAGAAAAACGUUGAUGAAGCGGUGGAGAAGCUCAAGACUAAAGGAAUCGAAGCGCUGGGUGUGGUUUGUCAUGUAUCAAAUGCUCACCAGAGGAAGAAUCUCGUCGACAAGACCGUCGAGAAAUAUGGGAAGAUCGAUGUAAUUGUGUCUAAUGCUGCUGCCAAUCCAUCGAUAGACACCAUCUUAGAGACUCAAGAAUCUGUGCUUGACAAGCUAUGGGAAAUAAAUGUCAAAGCUCCCAUACUCCUUUUAAAGGAUGCAGCACCAUACUUGCAGAAGGGUUCCUCUGUAAUUUUCAUUGCAUCCAUUGCUGCAUAUCAACCGCAAACGUCCAUGGCUAUGUAUGGCGUGACUAAAACCGCCUUGCUUGGGCUAACAAAGGCCCUUGCUGUUGAGAUGGCACCCGAUACUCGGGUGAACAGUGUCGCUCCUGGUUUUGUCCCGACCCACUUCGCCGAUUUCAUCACUAAGAGCGAAGACACUAGGAAGGCAGUCGAGGAGAAGACACUGCUUAAUAGACUCGGAACAACGCAGGACAUGGCUGCAGCUACAGCCUUCUUGGCAUCCGAUGAUGCCGCUUACAUCACCGGGGAGACACUGGUGGUUGCUGGAGGAAUCCCGUCCAGGCUUUAGUUCCCCCACUAUUUGCCCAGUUCUUGAUUUAUUUGAGAACUUGACAUCUUCGAACAGUACCAGUAAUAAGGCUCUUAGACAGCAGAUUAUUUUUAUAGCUGAAGAACGUUUUUUACAGUAAUGAUGGCCAAAAAUUUCACUGUAAUAAUGAAUCAAAUCACCAGAUUCAUAGAGGUUUCAUGUGAGUGCAAGACUGA